AUUUGUCUCUUUGUAUUCAGGGCCUUUAAAUGUCUGGUCUGUGUGCAUCACUAAUAAAACUACCAAGUAGGAUUCCAUCCCUGGUUAGUUUCACAUCAAUCCUCGUUCAAAUUCAGCCAAUCAGCUCUCUCCUCACAAACCAUCAACCAAUCAGAAAUCACCAUACAUCAAGCCCUACUUACGUACAGCAGAAUCCCGCCUCAGGUGUUUGUAGUGGAAUUAAUUGUAGGAGGGAGGAAGGUCAGUCUGGAAACCAUCCAAUCAGAUCAAGAAGGAAUUUGAAUCACCCAAUCGGCAAUCAGUACAUGUGCGGUAAUUCCUACUCAAGCAUGGCAACACCAAUUAUAGCCCCUUCAGCUAAACAUACAGCUACGGUUAUCUUUCUGCAUGGGCUUGGCGAUACAGGGCAUGGAUGGUGUCAGGGCUUUGAAGAGAUUAAAGAGCCACAUAUCAAAUACAUAUUUCCUAAUGCACCAAAUGCGAAAGUGACGCUAAACUUUGGAAUGGUUAUGCCAUCUUGGUUUGAUAUCUACUCGUUAACGGCUGACGGUCAAGAAGACACAGAAGGAAUCAAAAAGGCAUCUAAAAAUUUAUUAAGUCUGGUAGAAGAAGAGGAAAAACAAGGUAUUACAGCAGAUAGAAUCAUCAUUGGAGGUUUCUCACAAGGAGGAGGUGUUUCACUCUACACAGCUAUCACAGAUCAUAGACCAUAUGCAGGACUAUUAGCACUCAGUACAUGGAUGCCUCUACAUAAUACAUUUGAAAAAGAGGGAGUGAAUAAAAGAUCUCUUCCCAUAAUACAAUGCCAUGGAACCGCUGAUGCCGUUCUUUCUUUCAAACUUGGUGAGAUGACUCAUAAGUUUUUAAAGACCCAGGUCAACGAUCCAUGUUUCCAUAAAUUGUCUGGUCUUGGGCAUAGUUCAAGUAUGGAGGAAAUGAACCUUGUGCGUGAUUUCAUACAAAAGACCCUUCCGUAGUAUUUUUACCCAGCCAAAUAGCAUUCAACCUAACUUUGAAUUAUUCUUCAUUGCAAAUUAUUUCAUACCUAAUCACCACUGCACAAUGGAAAGUAUAUAGCUUGGAGAAAAAAGACGAACAAUUCUUUAUUAUUUUUUAUAUGAUAGUGAUUGGUUAUUAUUGGUACAGUGUAGGUUUUGCCCUUUAUUUUAUGAAAGAGAUAUGAAGUCCCUAAAUCGUAAAGGGUGAGGAUAGAUAUACAUAGACCAAAGAUUUAUGUGUCUAUUAUGUGUUUGGUACCAGUGGGUGUUUCACAAAAGCCCAUAUUCACGAAAGUGGUUUGAAUUGCACUAUGGUAUCAUGGGUCUAUGGACUAUGCAGAUUUCUCUUUUAAAUGCACUUCAAUUAGGUGCCCUAUGCCAAAAGCACACGUUUGUAAUCAGACUUCCCUUAGUGUAUAAAGCGAUGAAGUAAUUGUAAUUACGUACACAAAUCGGCAUAGUCCUUGGUAUGGUACAAUUGAAACCUCUUUUUAGAAUACGGGCCUAGAGUUUGAUUUUCAUCCUAAGUUAUCAUCUUGUUUUCAAGAGCUCCCUAUGCCAUGCAGUCCAUUGUAUAGCAUUCAGUGCAGGGAAGAUUUAUAUCAGCUAAAAGAUUCUAGAACUGUCACGUUAAUAGAGUAUUAAAAGAGAGCUCAUUGAAUGAAGGUUGAUAGACUUUUCAAUAUGCGCAAUUCAAGAACAAAUAUUUCAAAUUUAUUUUGGACUAUAUAUAGAUAUACUAAAUGUAAUAUCAAGGGCUAUUGCUACAUUAUUGUGACAUAGAGGUCAAUGAUAGGUUUAUAUCUAAGUUUUUGACAAAUCAGGGCGCUGUCUUACAAAGAGUUACUAAUUGAUCCUAUCAACCACAAUUAUGGAAAGCCAGCAAUGGCAACAUCUAGAAUAAACGUUUGUUCAAAAUAUUUCCUAGAUAUGAACGUAUAUUCAUACAUUCAUUGUUUUUAGUGUGCUUCUUUUUGUUUACAAAUGACAGUGUUCAAAUUUUUUGUAGAAAAUAUUACAACCAUGAUGGAUUUCCAUAGAAUUGAGGUUGAUCAGAUCAAUCGUAACUCCUUGUAAGAUGGGAUCCUGGUGUUCUAGUCUCAACUAUAUUAUAUAUUAAAUUAUUAAAACUAUUUGAAGUCUGAUGUUCAAAAUGGUUGUGUUUCUUAGGGAUAUAUGUUACUCCUCUAAAUCAGGUCAUGGUAUGUCUUCAUUUUUUUUUGGUAGUUCUUCAGUCUUUUGUUUCUUCCAUUCAUUUUUUGUGAAUUCAUUUCAAGUUCCAAUUACAUGGAUGUAUACCUCUAGCCUGGAUUCAAGGCACUAGGCAAUUUGUUCUUAGCUCAAUGUAUAAUUGCUCACCCUUAGGGUAAGUAGUUUUCUGUGUGAAAUAGUUGUGAGGUGAUAUUUAUUUGAUCACAGAUCAUUAUAUACUUCUCAUCUACAUGUAUAGGGAAAAUGAAUUUGGUUUGGAAUAUACUAUAAUAAUUAAUAGAUGAUGUUUUAUGAGAAUUGGACUUUUGUGACAAAAGAAAGCAAACUAGUUUUGACUUUGUUUGUUAAUUUCUAGAGUGAUAAUCAUUACUAGUACCUAGAAUCCAGACUAAUGUGAGUCCUAUGGACUUCUUGAAUAUGUAUAUACAUGUAAUUCUUUUUUUUUUAUUAGAGUAUAAAGUAAUCAAUUCUAAUCUUUGAUCAUUGUAAUGUGGCAAUUGUAUGAAUGCUUUGAAGAAAAAGAAUAGUUUUGAAAGGGCAGUAUUAAAAUAUGUUAUUCUUGGAUGGGAAACGAGCACUACAAACAAUGGCACAAUUUAUGAUACAUCUGAAUAUUGAAUUAUGAUAUGAAUUAUUCAUGGAAAUCAGAUAUCCAUGUAAUCUACCCUUGAUAAGUUGUUUGAUUAUCACAAGUAUAUUGAACAUGUUGCAUAAUCUACAACACUAAUAAGCCAGUUCGUAGUUCCUCUCUGCGCAUGAUCAGAAGAUUCUGCACAUGAUCAGAGAAAGGUCAUUUGUACUAAAGUGGCAUGGUGGUUUAAAAUUUAAUGAGACAAGCACCAACCUUGAUGUCUUGAUUAUUCAUAUAUUCAUUUGCAUUGUGUUUUUCAUUUAUAUCCACCAAAAAAAACAAUGCGUCCACGAACGACUGGUAUUUCAAAGUUUGCCAAGAACGUUGUACAACAUGCUAUAAAGUGCAUUCAAGUAGAAAUGUAACAAUACCUUCAUAGAGUGUUCAUUGGUGUGCUAUUCUAGUCACCUGGUCUAUUCAAUUUUUUCAUCCCACUAUGUAAGGCAAGCUUUCGUAAUAUCUUGCUUUGAAAUCUGCCUAUCAUAGUGAAAUAAAUGAAAGGUCAUUUGACCAAAAUCGUCCAUGAAGUGACUACGAACUGGUCUAUUGAUAUUGUCCUACAUCAUGGCCUCUUUUUUUUUUUUUUUUUAAAGAGAAUCCCUGAGAGAUUGCACUUCUGUAGACUAAAAAAAUAAGUUUUAGAAGAAGGAGCAUCACUUUAGGAAACCAUCCAAGGCAUGAACUAUGCCUCUGAUCAAUUUAACAAUGGUAUUUAACAAUGUUGUGUUGCUAGGUACCUGAUAGGAGUCUUGUAUAAAUGAUUGUCUACAGUUUGUAUUAUUUGUCAAUUCAUACUUUUAAAGAAACCAUCAAAUAGGCAGAUAUAAAUAUAAAUCAUCUUAUAUUCUGAACAAAAAUCUUUAUAAUUUAUUUGGGUCAGGGAGAGAGGGUGACCAUAUUAAAGAGUAUGUUUUUCAGUGAGGUAUGCAGAUGGUGAGGUAAUAAACAUGAUCAGUUUUGAAAUAAUUAAUAAUGGAUGUGUAUGACUACAUUGUCUUUGUAAGGGGUUUUUGUUUCAAGUCUCAAUUAUGUGCAUGUCAUUUGUUACUGUUUGUAUUUUAUAAAUAUCAAAUAGAUUUAAUCUCUGAUAUAGGAAUAAACAUAUCAUCUGAAUUUUAAACAA